UCUGAUACUUUUUCGCUGACUCGCCUUCAGUACACACGUACAAUCAGAUCGUUGCAUCUCUAAUAGAAAUAUGUUGAAAAAUUUAGAGCGUUGAUUUUUGUGCUUGUGAUAUCAGCUCUGCUAAUUAUAGCAUGUGAACUUAUUUCAACGGAUUGGGAAACUGCAGCCAAUUAUAUUAUUAAAACCAACUGAUGGACAGUGCAUCGUUGAUGAACGCUCCGUGAAUAUCCGAGUGAAGGUGCAUUCAAUAUCAACUCCUACAACAUGAAUGAGCGAAUCUUUUUGCUAGUGGCAUUGGCUCUGCCGGUAGUAACGAUCGUGUUUGUUGAUGGGAAGUUAAUGCCAGUACAGCAAAAAUCAUCAGAUCUUGGUUCAAUAACGGCAAAAGUGUUGAAAUCGUGUUACGAGGAGCGUCUCAACGUAAUUGGCCUGGCCGGACAAAUAUCCGAUUCUUUUAUCUCUUCAAUUUCAUCCGGCGAUCCAUUAAGUAUAGUCCUGCUCAACAGCGAGAAAGAGUCAGUCGAAAGUGAAAAAGUCUCGAGAUGGUCCCGACACAAAUUGCAGGUUUUCGCGGUUAUGGUCCCGUCGUCACUCGAGCUGGAGCGCGCCCUCGUUCAUAUCAAGCAAUCUCGAUGGUGGAAUCACAUGGCCCAAUUUUAUAUAAUCGAUUCAACCGAUGGGGAAAUAGGCUGCUCGGGAGCGUUUGAAUUUUUGUGGAGAGCAUGGACGACGAACAUACUCGGAGCGAAGUUUGUGUGCAAUGACGGUGUUAAAGGACCAUUCAUUUACGCUUUCAACCCAUACACCAAGUCUGCCCCAAGUCCUUGGAGGUUCACCAAGAGUUACAAAGGAGUAAACGAUCAUCCCUGGGCUCUGUUCAAGCGAAAAUUCAACAAUAACGAGAAUAUUUGCAAAAAUAUUGAUUUCGAUCAGACGAGAAAUGCAGGAGGAUAUGAAGUUCGCUAUGCAAUGUCACAGCAUGAGAUGCCCCCGAAAGGCAGCAAGGCUACCACGUUUGUUCGCUUCGCAGCGAUAGAUAAAUACUUGCACAUGAUGUCGCAUUACAUGAAUAUUUCGUUAAAAACAUUGCUUUAUUCUCGAGGUGAAUCUUUGGGGUUUCUUGAUAACGAGGGCAAAGGCCACGGAAUGUUAUCAGAUCUUACCAACGGUCGGGCUGAUCUGAUUUCGCGCUACAUAGCGCAGCAAUCCAUACCGGAACUACCUGCGACUUAUCCAAUUGUGUACGGGAAAUAUUUUGCCGUGACCCAGAAUACAGCUUACAUUUCGCAAUGGCAUAAAAUCGUUUCCAUCCUAGAUGUUUACUCGAGGAUCGGCUUGCUCGUCGUUUGCAUACUGACUGUGAUGUUUUUGAGAUACGCUUUGGGCCAAUCGUUUAUGAUAGCGAUCCUGAAUAUUUGGCGGUUGAUUUGUAACUCGUGCUUAACCAAAUUGCCCAAUAACCUGGGCCCGAGGAUUUAUCUGGCUUGUUUAUUAAUCUUUGUCGUGGUGCUCCAGGGUGUAUAUCAGGGAAAAUGGGCGGCUCUCAUGACCAGGCAAAUUCGUUAUCCGAACAUCAAUAAUAAGCGUGAUCUAAUCGAUUCGGACUACGUUAUUUACGGACGCAUCAAUGAUAGCUUGGUCUUUAGCAAUCCGGCCUUCAAUAACCGCUACGUCGGCAUAAACUAUGACAAUGAAAGCUGUAUAGAUUAUCUAUUACAGAACUCAUCCAUCGCUUGUGUCAGUGGAAGGAGCUACUUGCUCAAGAGCGUUAUCAAAUUGAAGCUUCAUAUGUCUCACAAUCAGUACCCAGUUCACGAGUUUGCUCUGAGUCAACCAGUCAGACCGGACUGGCCUAUGCAAGAAAAGUUGAAUUGGCUAAAUCUCCGUUACGUCGAAUCUGGUAUUUUCGACCAUGUUUACGAGACUACUUAUGGCGAGGAUGAACGCAUUUUGGAUUUUCGACGGUAUGAGGAGAAUGACGAUAGUCCCAAGGUUAUAUUUCUUAAGGACUUGGAUUUCGCAUUCGUCAUCUUCGCGAUCGGAAUGGGAUCUGCUCUCGUGAGCUUUGUUGUUGAAUUGUAUGUCGGACGAGGCCGUUCGUCGAGGGCAAAGGAUCGAAGACGUAGUCGAAUCUUGCCGAUGACAUUUUCUAAAACGAGAGGCCUGGUGACGAAACGUCAGCACACUUCUCGCUUGAACCACUUGAGAUGUCUUCAGGACCCUUCGCUUCGUUUCGACUCAAGGCAAUGAAGCUCUUUGCUCGAGGGCCAAGGGCACAAGCGUCUUGGCGAAAACAGCCCAAGGCAGAUCCGGACGAGACGCAAAGUGGAACGCACCACUGACCAGCCCACGGAUAUCGCUGUUCUUAAGAUAGUUCACCGCACUAAAGUCAACAAAAUUAAUCAACUACUUCGUAGUCCGGAGUUUGCUUACACAAUGGAGAAAAAAGUUUCAAUCAUUUCUGAAAAAUUGACAUGGUUGCUCCUCUCAAUUUUGAGACUCCUUCUGCAUCGAUUCUUUUCAUUUUUUGCGCAACAGUAUUUCUCACUUUUGUCUGUACUUCUGAAAAUAUUACACGGUUUAUGAAUUGAGAUGAAUAUUUCAAUGCGCACGAUGCUCUGGCAGUUGGAACAGAGCUUGCGACAGCCAAGAUAAUUUGAAAGAUUUUGAAGAUAAAAAGGGGUACUCAUGGGAGAAAGAAAGCCUCGUAAUUUUGAAAUUAAAAUACCUUUUUUAGCGUAACACCGAAUGAAUGUACAACGUCGUAGGCGAGAAACAGCGUGCUAUAAUUUUGUCCGCAACUCCGCUGAGAUAAGACACGAGAUGAAAUCCCAUUUUACUAUUCUAAUUACCACACCCCUUUCUUCAUGGUACAUUAUACUUUUUUUAUAAAGUGAAAUUAAGAACGUUUAUAACUACGAGUGUUGUGGAGAGAAAAUUUAAAUCAUUUUCAAUUCCGUUAAGCGGGUUGCUUAUGAAUAUCUAGUCAAAAUCUCUCGUCAAAUGAGUUUUUUUAAACUUCAAACGCCGCGAGCGUAACAGUUUGAAUAUUGAAAUAGUAUACUCGUCUAUGUGUGCGAUUAAAAUUAACGUUUCAUUGUAACCGACGUAUACUUGAGUGCCGUCAAUAAAAGAUGAAAUAAU